AUGACCGUUGUCCACCCCGCGUCCACUGGUCGCUUAGCGGCUGUCGCGAACUGUCGCUUGCGCGCCCCGCCGCGCCGCGCCGCGCCGCGCCGCGAACUCCGCCACCCUCCGCCGCCGAAGGCGGUAAAUUCCGCAAUGGCGUGCGCGCGAUACCUGUUCAUCAAAAAACCAGUUUCUCUGAUCAUCCCGCAGUCCUACCGCAUCGUCGUCUUCGUCUUGGUCGUCGUGGCCCUGCGGUUGUCUUCCUUGCCUCCCGCCUCUUCGGAUGUGGCGGAUCUCUGUUGUUGUGUUGUUGCAUUUGUUGUUGUUUUCUGGCAUGGACCGUCGACCGGAAGUGUACCUCGCUCCCCUCGCCUCACCUCAGAACAGUGCUUAAGUUUAAUCACCGAAAUACACAAACUCCGUCGUCGUCCACUCGCAUUCAUGGAAGCGUUUGGUGAGCGCGUGAUACUGCCAUCUUCUGAUGUCGCGGCUCACCUUAAGAAGGAGGAACUCGCUCUGAACGUUCGCGUCGCCCCGAAAACAGCGCGACAUGCCAACGACGACGACGACGACGACAAAAUCGGUGUUGACGACGACGGCUAG